CCCUGACUCUUGCCAUUCUCUGAAUUUUUUUCCAAUUACAUUACGAUCGUACAAGUCACACCUAGAAUGGAGUCCUCCCUCAGCCGUACACAAUCAGUUCACAUCUCCCUCAUCUCAUAUGGCCAUGCUAAUGGGCCUGUGGUACAACAACCUCGGGAGGAGGCCCGACAUCACCAAACCUUAGCCUACAACAUUCGACACUUGCCCAACCCACCCCGCCAUCUGCGGGUUAAAGCAACCGGCCUGUCCCGGCGGUUGCAGAAGGAGUUCCUGCAGAAUGAUGCGGUCGAGGCCUUCUUGGUCAAGGUCCAACGCGACAUAGUCAUUACAGUCGAAGAAAGCUGCGCACAGCCGCUGUGUUCCACAGCGCAGGAAGGAAUUCACGAGGGGGCCUCGCAGACUGAUACGCCCCAAACUGUGGAUGAUCAUUCCAGGAAAGAGCCCGGCGUCGACGGCACAGAGGUCGUGAUCGUGGUGACAAUAUGUUGCGAGGAGGGCCGUCAUCGGAGUGUGGCGUUUGUGGAGGAACUAGCCCGACGGCUAGCUACCGUAAAAGAUGGGGAUGGUGUUUUGCAGCGCUGGGUAUUGAAUGUGGGCAUAACACAUCGCGAUAUUGAAACUCGCGAGGAUUGUGAGCAACCUCAGGGUCGGGGCAGGCGUCCAAACAAGGGUCAGGCACAGACUCGACAGCGAGAACGACGACAAAAGGGAAAUUGGUUUGGAUCGCGGCUUGAAGACGAGGAUAACACGGACCAGAUUCAUUGAUUGUAUAGUAAAUCAAUUGAUUUGUGCGAUAUAGAGGCUACACUAUGUACAUCACCGGGUGCAGCCACGAUCCCUCUGAGCGGCUGAGCUGCGCCUGGCAGAAUGUCGCCGCAG